AUGGGUAGCAAAGACAACGCAAAGUCAUCCCAGCUUAUGGCUACUACCUGUCCCCGUCCGAAAAAUGGACGGACGCCUUUGCCAGAGGCACCCAGUGUUCUUCGCAAGCGAGCUGCUAUGAACAAUACAACCACCUCUAAGGAUGCCAUCCCCAGCCCUAUCACACCCGGCCUUGAUUCUGAAUCAAUUACCAGUCGCAUCUCCGUUUCCUCUAGUCGUAUGGUCAGCCACAGUUCACAGCCCCCUACCGUUUCCAGAACUUCAACUGCUAGUUCAACGUCAGAAGAUGAGAGCACGAAGCCCUCUGGCUCAGACGACACAGAUGCCUUCAUGUUUGCUGGCGUAAGGGGGCGCGUUAUCACUAUCGAAGGCGAGGAGCGCUUCUUCUGCAUCGAAUGCAAACGACACUACAGUUACUACAGAAGAAGUAUUGCCACCCAUUACAACCAUGCUCACGACCCUUCCUCCAGCUUCUCACGUCUGCGAGCUCCCUUACCCGAACUGAUUCCUUGCUCGGAAGACGGUUGCAGCUCAACCUUUAACACGAAGCAGGCCAUUAUCAAUCAUCAUCGCCACGUUCACGGGUAUAAAGGGAAGUCGGACCCCAUCUUAGCGCUUUACGGCUUCUAA